GAUUCGUUGCUCAGCCCGUCACCGUGAACAACAUUACAAAGCGUAGGACCGAAAGCAGACGUGCACAUAAGUCGCAAAUCUGUCAGUGUAGAAAUAUUUUGCCAGGGUGGAGGAUCUCUUCAGCUGCGUGUCGCGAUCGGAGCAUCCGCGCCAGACUGGAGCAACCCAAAGUCAGCGGUCGCUGUAAAUAACGUACGACCACGGACAUGGCGACGACCAGCCCCUGUGUUGUGAUCAGCGAUGAGGAGCAGGGCUAUGACCUGGACCUGUUCUGCAUACCCAAGCACUACGCCGGGGACCUGGAGAGGGUCUACAUCCCGCAUGGGCUCAUCCAGGACAGGACGGAAAGGCUAGCACGGGAGAUCAUGCAGGACAUGGGCGGACACCACAUCGUGGCACUGUGUGUGCUGAAGGGCGGGUACAAGUUCUUCGCCGACCUGCUGGACUACAUUAAGGCCCUGAACCGCAACAGCGAUCGGUCCAUCCCCAUGACCGUGGACUUCAUCCGGCUAAAGAGCUACUGCAAUGACCAGUCAACGGGUCAGAUCAAGGUCAUUGGUGGAGACGACCUGUCUACCCUCACAGGGAAGAACGUCUUGAUCGUGGAGGACAUCAUCGACACGGGAAAGACGAUGAAGACCCUGCUACAGCUCCUCAAGCAGUACCACCCAAAGAUGGUGAAGGUGGCCAGUUUAUUGGUGAAGAGGACACCAAGAAGUGUGGGAUACAGGCCAGACUUCGUAGGCUUUGAAGUUCCCGACAAAUUUGUGGUGGGGUACGCACUAGACUACAACGAAUACUUUAGAGAUCUAAAUCACAUCUGUGUGAUCAGCGAGGCGGGGAAGGAGAAAUACAAGGCGUGAGGAAGGCCGACUCACGCCCCCUUUUAGCUGUGUACGAUUGUUCACAUUUUCGCCAUCGAUGCUGCAGAUCAUUUUUGAACAGUGACUUUGUUUUUUUUUGUUUUUUUAUGGUUGUCGAGCAUAUCAAUAGUACCAAGUUACCCAGAGGCAGCCAGGGCUUUCUCAGGUGACCUGGCAUGCUGCGGGACACCUGCAAUGUGCUAACACUGUACCUCAGUUUUACUGUUUGCAAGCAAAAACUCAAAUCGGUCUCUGAAGCCCCAGUUUGUUUUGCACAGGCUGGGAAUUAGUCUGCAUCUCCAGGGCUGGAGGCCUACAGUGUGCAAUGGUGUUUUUUUUUUGUGGUUUCAUUCUUUUCAAUCAGCAUCCAAUUUAGGCCUUGGAAACAAGGUGUGUGGUUUCAUUCAGUGACAUCAUUUAAGCACUUAUGUGCUGAAACGCGCUGAAAACCAGCAGUCAGUGCAGCCCUCCAGGGGCGUCAGACCCCAGCUCUGUACCAUGUGCAGUAGGACAAUUUAAUGCUGACUUUGUGUGGUGCCAGUUUUCCACAUUGCCACAUUUUGGCUGGAAAUUCAAAGGGCAAAAAAAGCUGUUUUAGUUUUUCAUGAGCCAAAUUUAAGACAAUCUCUUUACUGUUAACAGUUUCCAGAACAAUCCAAUUUCAAAUAAAAUGAAAGGAUCGUGUACGUCCAUGUCAACCCCUUGGAUUCCUGUACCAAAUGCAGAUUCCAUUUUUGACCUCCGGCUUGUAUUUGACUAAACCUCCUAUAAUACAAAGAAUUCAUAUACUUAUACUCAACAAACCAUAUAACGUGAGUUCAAUACAUCAAUUGUGUUGUAAAUGUAGCUAUAAUGAAAUGAAUGCAAUUCAAGAAGAAAUUAAAGGAUGAGGUUCAGCUGGACUGAAUGUAUGAAAACAGCAUGUCCAUCACACUGGUAUAACCCAAACUACAGGCCAGCAAAGUCUGGAAACUGCAAAUAACUGAUCCAGUGGCUGACUGCAGACACACCUUGCUUUCUAACAAUGAAGUAAAAACCAAAACAACCAUGGUUACUGAGGGUGGGUGUAACUAUCUGCUACUUUACAACUGACAGCUGCUGCCCUCUGGUGGCAGCAUAAGGAACUGUACUCUUUCUCUAACGUGUUCUGUACCAUACCAAGCCCUGCUCAGCUACUCUACACCCAACCCAAAAAAAAUAAAUAUUGCACUGGGCUGUAACCUGGGGAUGACAGAAUUGCUUGCUAAGGUCAUAACCAGUUCAUACCUCUUUUAAUGCUUAUGCUGGUGACAAUGUACAUUCAAUUAAUAUAUUUUUGUUUUUUUGCAUUUCAAUAAAUUAUUUAAUUUCCACAUCAUAAAAACAUCAUUUCUAGUGCCUUAUCUACCAGGUUAUGGGAUGACAAAUUACACCUUUCGAUAUUUACAUUUGAAAGAGUCUAAACUGGGUUUAUCUGUAGUUCAAAAAAAGAGAUGAAAGCAUGUAUCUAAAAAAUACCGCACUGGUUUAUUUAGAACAUUGCUUUUUGGAACAGAACAUCUGAAGAUCGGAAAAAUGCACUGGACUAGAUGACAUAGAGCCUCGUGUAUUUUGUACUGGGGGCUAGAUAUGCCAGAGAGAGGGGGAAAGGGAAAAAAGAGUCAAUCUUCACACUACUGAAGAUAUGCAGAGACUGUAAUAUAGAAUGUAAUGCUUGUAAUAUGGUAAAUAUUUUUGGAGGACAUAGGCAUAUGCAGCCACUUUGCGAUCAUUCCAUUUUAGAUCAAAUACGGGACAUGCAAAAUUUAGGCAAGAAAACUCCCUUGACAGCUAAUAUUUCUCAAAAAUUUUCCAUGCAGAAACGUAUGCAAAUUUGAUCAUUUCUAGUAAUAACUGCAUGAGUCUCAAAAGUUGGCCAGUUAACAUAGAAUGUCAAAUAUUUUGGAAUUACAGUACACCAACACAGACAUAAGUGAUUUUUAAAAAAUAUUAACAUAAUCUUUCAGCACUGCUUUUGUGCAGUUAGUGGUUUCAAAGUGUACAUCAACCCUGGGUUGAUUUACAAAAUGAUGCCGCCGACUUUUAUCCACGAAGCUGCAGUUUGGCUAGCCGCCUACAGGGGGCAACUGUAGGCUGUAGCACCAUCAAAGCUUCCUGUUUUUCAGUUAAUUUCUGAAGAGGGACCUAUUGUAUGUCUGCUAUGCCUCUGACCCAGAGCCUCUGACUGCUUUUCCCAUUGUUGUCCUUGUUACCAGCGAUUAUCACACACUCCACCAAUAAAGAUUAUGUUUUGAAAACACA